ACGUCACAGCCUUACUUAAAGCGAAAAGGCUGCUCAACUUUUAUUGUUUCUUAACAGGUUUUCUUCGUUACAAGGUCCUAAAAGAAUCCCCAGCUGUCAGCAAGGCGACUGGACCGUGACCUCAGAUGUCCCAAAGAGAGAGGACCAUGCUCCGCUGCAGGAGGUGUCGGAAAGGUGUCGUAGACUCCACCUGUUUGUCAACGCAGGCGGAGGCCACAGAGGACAGCUCAGAGGCAGGGUGCAGUAUAUGGCACGUAGACGUUGACGCGCUGCCAGAGUGGAUCCUGACCUCAGUUCACCAGGCCCAGUGGACCGUAGGGAAGCUGUACUGCCAGAACUGCUGCGCCCGUUUAGGCGGCUUCAACUUCAUCAACCACAGCGAGUGUCCCUGCGGUCGAGACGCCGCCGUCCACCUCAGCAAGAGCCGCGUGGACCGGGACCACAAACACUGCGUCCUCAUCGUGCAGCCGAGGAGGAGGCGGACGUCCGAGAAGGAACAGACCGCUGUGCUGACGGACGGCUGUCAGAGCAGAGAGCGGAGGACGGACUUCAACAGUUUACACCUCAACUGUGCUGCUCAGGCAUCCACUGAAACCCCCCCGUCGUUCUCCUUCAGUCCUCUGUACUGCAUCUCUCACCGGAGACGGCGCAGUUUGGAGGAAGACGCCUCCAUCAGGUCGUCUUGCUUCUGCCCUACAGUGAAGUCUGCUGUGGAGAGACCAAGGACACGUGAGUACACACCUGUCUCGUAUCCUACAAGUCAGCGGUUUGACUCUGAAGGUGAAGCGUCAGUCGUCGCCUGCCGACCGCUCGUCUCUGGAAGGACACGCUCCCCUCUGCAGAGGGUGGAGGACGCAGAGUCUUCUCCAGAGACCUCGCCUGUCCAACAGGAUGUUCCCGUGUCAGCGCUGCUCCUCAGAGGGAGGGCCGUCUCUGACAGCGUGGCAGAGGUGGAGGAGGACGAGGAUGAAGAGGAGAUGGUGGUGCCUGAAGCCUUCAUGGCCCCCCCGGCCUCCAACAGACUGAGCCGGAGAGAGAAGAACCGUCUGAAGAGCGUCCGGAGGAAACAGAGGAGGAGAGAGCGAUGGAUGCUCAGCCAGCAGGCUGAGAGUGUGAGUCCCUCCCUGUCUGAAGGUGAGGAUCAGGACAGAGAGGGCCUCACCUGUGCCGUGUGUCUGGAGGUGUUCUUCAGCCCGUACAGCUGCCAGCCCUGCGCCCACGUCUUCUGUGAGCCGUGUCUGCGCACAAUCGCCAAGAAUCGACCCACGAACACCCCGUGCCCCCUCUGCCGCGCCCUCAUCUCUCACACCACCCCCCACAAAGAGUUCAACCACACAGCGAAGACCUUCUUCCCCAAAGUGUACAACGCCCGCAAGCAGAGCUUCCAGAGUGCUGCGUGUGCAAAAUGGCCGCUGCCCAGCUGUCGCAAACGCUUCCGAGUCUUCUGGGGUGAGCAGAGGCAGACGGCGAGGCGCUGGCACUUUGCGCUCGGAGGCUUCACGCUGGACACGUUGGACUUCGGAGGCGUGCGCGGCUGGCUCUUCGACAACGGCCUGGUGAUGGUCUACAUCCCCGUCAACUGGAUCCUGGCCACCUUCUUCAGUUUCUUCUUCAUGUACUUUUUCUUCUUUUGAGACACAGAGGAGCGCUCCGCAGUUUGCAGUGCAGGUUUAUUUUUAUCUUUUUCUUUAAAGGUACAAGGGAAUGUGAGUUCAAAGCUGUUAUUUCAGCAGCAAAAAUAUCUCUGUGAUGAGAUACUUAGAAAUCAGGGAGAAGGAACCUAACAUUUGCAGGUAGGAAAUUGUAAACAUAUGGUUUGAAAUGUUUACAAUAUGUGUCAAGCGAUGAUUUGAUCACCGUUUUAUUGUUGCCAGUGUUGCUAGUGUUAUUGCAAUAAUACCCUGCGGUGUCCUGAUUUCCAGAAAAGAAAUUAGUAACGCUGAGGUACAAAAAGUGGCAUUUCUUCUGAUCAUUUUUUACUUUGCGGAAAACCUAGUAAAUACUCGCUGUUUGGCACUGUUGGUAGUGAUGAUCAGCCAAAAAAAACAUUGAUGAAUGAUGCAUGAUGUCACUUUUUAGCAGAAAGAAACAGUUCCAAGAUUUUAGAAAAAUAUGCGUGUUGGUUUUCUUUCAGAGGUAAAAAAAAAUUGCUAAUACUCUUAUGUCUGUGUUACGUAUGGUGAACAGGCUGGAAGACAAUUAGCCUAGCUUAGCAUAAACCUGGAAGCAGGGGGAAGCUGAUAGGCUGGCUCAGUCCAAAGUAAUGAAAUUGCGUCUAAACGGUAAUGUUCAGCCUGAUGACUUUACGCCCUCUCAGUUAGCCACUUGUAAGCACCUGCUGUUUUUAAGACAUGCAAAAGCUUCAGAAGUUUACCAGUGGUUCUUUUUCGUUUAAAUGUGUCAAGUGCUUGGCAAAGGAAUAAUGUCUUCCAAGAUAUUGAUUUUCUUAGCAUGGAGAUGUUUGGACAUGUGUUCAACAUGCUCAGGAAUUAAAUACUGUAUGUAUGCGGUAAAGACAGCAGCAGGUUUUGAUGGAGGUGAAUGAUUGAUGGACUGACAAAAUAAUCAGAUACACAAAGGUAUAUAAAAAAUCAGUAUGCUGCCUUUAAUUAUUCUGUGCCUUCUGACUUUAACACGUAUUAUGAAACUGGAAUUCACUAGCUUUAAGUUGUAACCCUCUGGCACAGAAUAUGAUGUAUGCAAAGGAAGCCAAAAAGACAUUGAAAUAAAGACUUCAGUUCAUUCAUUAAUGUCUUUGUUGAGGAAAAGGCAUGUGGAAAAAAGUAUUGGCGUUCAUACUGUAUUAUGUAAAGAGUUUAUUUUUAUGCAAAAUAAUAAAUUGCAAAUGCAAAAAGGUGCAACUAGAGCUAUGCAUAAUCUGCUUUUCUUAUUUGAACAAAAUAGGGUAAGAACUUUGCAUUUUGAGGAGAGAAAUUGGUGGCAAGACUAAAUCACCUGCACCUGUUUUAAGGGAACCUUUCCUUUGUUAAUGUCUUGUUUCUUAUCUGGUUUUAUGUUUUUAAAAGUUGUGUUUGCUUGAAAGCUCAUUAUGCAAAUAAAAACAGAUGCGAUU